AUGCAUACUAGUGUUCCUAACAACGAUUUAACUAGAAGACGCACCUCGCAGUCUUCUGAAAAUGAUUCCAAGGCUCUUAAUUAUACAUUGCCAAGAAGAUAUUCUUCAAAACAUUAUGAAAAUGGUGUUGUUGAUCAUUCUAACGGUUCCGCUAAAAUACAGUCUUCUAGACAGUAUACAGACAAUAAAGCUGGAAGGACACAUAAUUUAUCUCAGAGAGACUCUCCAAGGGAAUACAAUGACGAUAUUUCUGAUCAUUCUAGCAGUACAUAUCAACGACGCUCCUCAAGGCAUGAUAAAGACAUUAUAACAGACCAUUCCACAGAAUCGUCUCGAAGACGAUCUUCGAGACACUACGAAGGCAGUUUCACUGACUAUUCAAAGGAUACACAUCAAAGACGUUCUUCAAGACAUUAUGAAAACAGUGUCAGGGAUCAUUCGACUGAAAAAUCCCAAAGGCGUCAUUCCCGACAAUAUGAGGACGGCUACACAGAUCACUCUAACGAUUCAUCUCGAAGUCGUUCUUCAAAACACCAUGAAGACGACAUAAAAGAUCGCAGCCACCCAUCUCGAAGACGUUCAUUAAAUAAUUACGAUGAAAAUGUUAGCUGUCGAAUGAAUGACAGUUCUAAAAAAUCCUCAGCAAGGCGCUAUGAACAGUACGUUACUGAUCCAGCUAAUAAAUACACCAGCCUUCGAUCUAAUCAUACAUUAGAUCGGCCCGGUUAUGCCACUCUUCCAUCAUCGACAAAGUUAGGCAAAACAGAGCGAAGGGAUGUCCGUGUCCAUGGAACUAGUGUCACGGAGAGACUAGAUAAUGACGUUGGUGUGUUAUUACAUGGAAAGGCCGACACAUCAAAAUCCAGAGCGGACCACGGAUUAAGCCUUCGCAACUAUGACAAUUACGAUUCUUUGCAAAGGAGUACAGACAAUGACCAAUUACAUACAAGCAGUUUACAGAGGCACUCUCGCAGUAAGGACAGAGGAAUGCCAAAAAGCGAGCAUCAUUAUCACAGCAACCACUCUGUUGAACGUAACGGGAGAAAAGAGAAUCAUCCGCAUCAGCACGAUUUGCGGAGAAAUAGUUCUCAGUAUAGUACACCAGAGUCUGUUAAAGUAGAUUCGGAUCAACAGUAUGCUAGUUAUCCAUUGAACAAACACACCAAGAUAAACAACAACCUCAAUCAUAGAAGCGAUACAUUGGAUGCAAGACAUGUGAAGAAAGAAAACAUUCAUGAAGAUGAUGGACGUGCAUUUUUUCGGUCCAGCAACAACGACUUGUCUGAUGAAUACAAGAAAGAAAAGCCACACAGACAUCGACAAGCGAGUGUUGAUAGAUCUAGCAGUCAACAUCCUAUAGAAGGAAAUGAAAUAGGAGACAAUUACGGAGUCAAUAGACAUGAACAAUCUGCAACAAAGAGAAGUAGUUCUGCAACAAGAAACGAAGGCCACAAUCGUGAAACGCAAAAUAAGGGAUCAAAUCCAUCCCACAAUAAAAAUCAUGCCUCAUUUCGUUCUUCUAAAGAGAAACUUGAAAGAGAAGAAGGAAGUUUAUUCACAUUGUCUGACCGACGAAACUCUGGCGAUGUUAGUAAACAAAAGCAAAAAAGCCUAACUGAGCACAGCCUGGCUGCAACAAACUCGCACAAAAAUACCUACCCAACGGCUAAACACAAUGAAAUUACCAGCGAUGUUGGUGGGCAUAGUCAUGCACAUACACAAUCAAUAGAUGGUACGGGUCUAAACAUGUUUGGAGAACGCCAGCGUCACAUUGUGCGACCAUUGGAGUCAGGAAAGUCAGUGGCUGACAGUCAUGUCAGUCGGUCCCUUACAAAUGGCAUUGGAUGUGAAAACAAUCAAAAGGAAACAGAAUCUGCUGGUCGUUCAAGGACUACGAAUUCGAACAGCCGAAGAUCAACAUCUACAAUCAACAAACAUGAAGAAAGCAAUGCUUCCUCUUACAAACAAGAUGUUACCUAUAGUCGUCGCUCGUCUUCCUCCCGAUCAAAUGGCAACACAGGCUUUGCUUCCUCUUCUUCGUCCCCUCGGAGGGAGGACUCCCAGUAUAAGUUGCAGAUGGAUGUUUCACCCUCGACUAAAUCGCAGGACACAAAUCACAGGUCUCGGGAGGACAGACAGCAGACACGGCCGCAUAGAUCUAGUAGCAGUCAUAAUGGUCUCACCUUAGCUCAGCCCAAAGAAGUGGCUUCCAGCUUGAAAGUUGCGUCUACAAACGACGAACUUUAUGUAGAUCGCUCCCCUGCAGCUGAUAGUACAGAACACCACAAACAAGAUUUACGUAGUGGAAGGAAAGAAACCUCAAUUUCUAAUAAACAACGAGCUAAGUUGGAACGAGAGGGAAAUCCGGAGUUGGACACUGUAUAUCCAAACGCAGAAAUCAAAAAUAACAUUGUUAUAAGCCCAGGCAACUCUUCUAGCAGCAUUUUAAAUAAGAGUGGCUCUCCUAAAAGUGUUUCCAAAGUAGAUUUAAUUGACGGAUCUAGUUCCACGUCGACGUUGAAGGAUAGCUGCGUUACGACAAAAACAUCUAUUUCAGACAGUAUAUCAUCUCUCUUGGGAAGGGGGAAUAAAUAUCAACAGUUUCGAUCUAAUCAGUCAGACGUAUCUUCAACGCCCACUUCUAUUAGUGACAGGUGGCGAAAGUUAACCCGGGUUAUUCUACCAGAUAAAGAUGCAUUUUCUGAUAAUUCAAAUGAACGAAAAGCACCCGCAAUUUUUUAUGCUGCUGCUACCAGGUUUAUGAACACUUUGUCGAGUGUUCACACUGUUAUCCCUAAAAGUGCACCUGUGUCAGCCGGGGGACCUCCAAACGACAUUACAGCUUCUCACGAAUCACAAAAUGAAACAGUUUUGGCGGAGACUCAUGUGGAAGAAAUUACAAUGUCUGAAGCCAAAUCAGAACGUAACUGCUCACCUAUGAACACAUUAUCAAUACAAGAACACACGGACAAAGUCUCACCGUCUCACAGCGUUGUGUCUCUGGAUGUUCCUGCUGUGGCAGCAUCUCAGCGCACUAGCGUUAUCUCAACACCAGGCACUUUAUGCAAUCACAAAAUGAGACUCAGUGCCUAUGCCCUGAUGACGGAGAAGGCUGACGCCUCGGAAGCCGAAAUUGGCAACCAUGUG